AAUUUGUUCCAUCUAUCUUGGCUAAAUAUAAUUUCAAAUUUCCUAUAAAAAUUUCUAAAAAAAAAAUAUAAGAAUAUAUUCGCUAUUCGUUAGAAAGAAAAAAACAAAAUUAAUAUCGCUUUCUCUAUUUAUAUAGUAUUAAAGGAUUCUUCGACCUGUAUUCAGGUGAAUUCCACAUAAAUCAACAUUAAAUACGACCCCCAGAAUUCAAAUUUUGUAUAUUGGCACACUAUAACUACGAGAGAAAAAAAAAUGAAAUUUUACUUCCUAACUUCGCUUACUAACUAAGAUGUGGGGGAUUUAAAGAGCGGAAAAAUGAAAUCCAGGCUGGGGCUGUGCAAAUGGUGUCAUCUUGAGAUGACAUCUUCUGAUGAUGAUGAUAAGUUUGAAAUAAGGCGCAUAAAGGUGGAGGAGGUAAAUGCGAUGCCGGAAUGGAUUUACAAGGAAGUCGGUUGGACUGCCAAUGAUUCCAAAUUCCUCAAACUGUGUUAUGAUCUAGAUCCUCAAGGCUGGUUUGUGGCUGUCACCCCUAGAGAAGGCAUUAUUGGAAACGUAUUGAGUGUCAACUUAAGCGAUCAAUAUUCCUUCGCUGGUUUGUACAUAGUCUCCAAGAACCAUAGGUCCAAAGGAAUAGGCAAGAAACUAUGGAACACCAUGUUAGGCCAUGUGGCUCAUAGAUGUUUAGGUAUCAAUUCCGUCAAAGGAAGAGUUUUCUCCAACCUUAAAAUGGGAAUGACAUCACCUUUAUUCAAAAUUUCCACAUUCAACGGUUCCUUAAAACGCAACGAUCCUAUGCUUCAUAAGUUCUUUAAAAGCCCGGGUAACGAUAAACUCAUCGACGAUCUCACCCUUCUACCUGCAAUAAAUGGAACGACAUGUAAUCUUAAUCAGUGCAAUUCUAAAGGUUAUAGACACGAUCGUGAAUGCAAUAUAAUUGACUCCAAAAAGCCUCAGAGUUAUCGAACGAUACAAACGGACCUCGAUAAUAAUUACCUGAUAGACGAUGAGAUAGAUAUAAAGGAAACCACGAGAGCUGGUGGUAUUGACAGUACCCAACCGACUCCCCUGGAUGAUAAACGAUUUUUAAAAGAUUCCUUCUACAAUAGCCUGAAUACUAGGAGUGGAGAUUUAGCUAGAUAUAACCAUGAAGUGAAAUUACCAAGUAAAGCUGGUAAUAUAAAUGUGGUAUUUAUGGAUGGUGUAGAUAUCAAUUUAGCAAAUUUACGCGAUUACGACACGGCCAUUCACGGAGGUCUAUCCAGGGAAAAAUUAUUAAAGACUUUUAUACAGUUAUCUGCAGAGAAUGAAAUGACAUAUAAAGUAAGAUGUAUAGUAGCUAUCAAACGCUGCUCCGAAAUGGAGAUAUGUGGAUAUGGAAUUAUACGACCUAGAGGAAUUUCUUCUACCACUCUAAAUAACGAGACCUUUACUUCCCUUAGCACUAAGAAUUCAACACAUAUAUCUUCGGAACAUUACAUGAUAAUAGGUCCGCUCUACGCUGAUUGUCCAGAAAUCGCUCGUACAUUACUAAAGGCUCUAUUAGAUUCCAUCCCUGCUGAGUGGGAAAUUAAUGUCGAGUUAACUAUUCCUUUGAAGGUGGAACCUGGAGCCAUGGAUUUGAACAAUCUUGACCCAAAUUUUUUAUACAUGGCUGCUAAAAAAGAAUUGGGACUUAUCAAAGAAGAAGACUGUUACAGAAUGUACCAGAAUAACAUUCUGGAAACACUAAAUGGGUUACAAGAAAAUGUCAAGGAAGACAAACAGAUUGGAAGUAAUAUUGAGGAAAAUCAUGUUGACGAAAAACAAAACUGCAUUCCUAUUCCUCAUAUUCUAACGGAAAAAAUUUAUUCUUUCGUGAGUUCAGAUAUGUUUCUAGAUUAAACUAAAUUAUAUAUAUCUCUAAUAUUAAAAAAUAAAAGUUUUAAUGAUAAAAAAACGAUCUAUAUUCAAUAUGGAAAACAUUUAUAAUAUAUUGUACAUCAUUAUAGCUGUUCUGCUUAAUAUAAAAUAUUAAAUUUGUGAUAAAAUAUUUACUACAUUAUACACUUUUUAAUGGCAAUUUAGAAUUAUUUUUUUGUACCAAGUAAUAUUUAUUUUUAAAUUAGCUCAAUAUUUAUAAAUAUUGACCCUGAGUAUUUCAAAUAUUAUUAUUGUAAUUUAUUUUUAAUAGCCAUUUUACUUUCUUUUUUUUAGAAAACCUCACGAAAAAGCAACAACGAUUUUUUAUUCUGUAUCGAUAUUUAUUUUAUGAUAUUUUAAAUUUAUAAAUUUGUAACUAUAGAAAUUUUUUUAAACAUUCUAUCUUAACACCUUUAGUCAUAUUAAAUAAAAAUUUGGUGGUUCAGUUUUAAAAAUUUAUAGUAUAUUUAUUGUUAUA